UCCUGUCACUGGCUUAUAUGGACAAGUCAGGCUGCUGUCAUGUGACCUCAGGCUGCUAAAAACAGCUCCAGCACCCACUCCGGACCAGGACCAAGGCCUGAAACAAUGUCCUCCACCGAGAGCAACGUAAAGGACACUUGAUCACACAAUCUUUGGAGUUAUUUCCAGGAAACACUUGCAGAAGCCAGUCGGAGCACCCUUUCCUGGGCAGCACACUCGGGGACGGCCAGGAGAUGAGCGCAUCUCUGAAUUACAAGUCUUUUUCCAAAGAGCAGCAGACCAUGGAUAACUUGGAGAAGCAACUCAUCUGUCCCAUCUGCUUAGAGAUGUUCACAAAACCCGUGGUCAUUCUCCCCUGCCAGCAUAACCUGUGUAGGAAAUGUGCCAGUGAUAUUUUCCAGGCCUCUAACCCAUACUUGCCCACAAGAGGAGGCACCACCAUGGCAUCGGGGGGCCGAUUCCGCUGCCCAUCCUGUAGACACGAAGUGGUUUUGGACAGACAUGGGGUUUAUGGACUUCAGAGGAACCUACUGGUGGAAAAUAUCAUUGACAUCUACAAGCAGGAGUCCACCAGGCCAGAAAAGAAGCCCGACCAGCCGGUGUGCGAGGAGCACGAGGAGGAACGCAUCAACAUCUACUGUCUGAACUGCGAAGUGCCCACCUGCUCCCUGUGCAAGGUGUUCGGCGCGCACAAGGACUGCCAGGUGGCUCCCCUCACCCACGUGUUCCAGAGGCAGAAGUCUGAGCUCAGUGAUGGCAUUGCCGUCCUUGUGGGAAGCAACGACAGAGUCCAGGGAGUGAUCAGCCAGCUGGAAGACACCUGCAAAACUAUCGAGGAAUGCUGCAGAAAACAGAAACAGGAGCUUUGUGAGAAGUUUGAUUACCUGUAUGGCAUCCUGGAGGAGAGAAAGAAUGAAAUGACCCGAGCCAUUACCCGGACCCAAGAGGAGAAACUGGAACGUGUCCGUGCUCUGAUCAAAAAAUAUUCUGAUCAUUUGGAGAACGUAUCAAAGUUGGUUGAGUCAGGAAUCCAGUUCAUGGAUGAGCCAGAAAUGGCGGUGUUUCUGCAGAAUGCCAAAACUCUGUUACAAAAAAUCUCUGAAGCCUCAAAAGCAUUUCAGAUGGAGAAAAUAGAACAUGGUUAUGAGCACAUGAACCACUUCACAGUCAACCUCAAUAGAGAAGAAAAAAUAAUACGCGAAAUUGAUUUCUACAGAGAAGAUGAAGAUGAAGAUGAAGAAGGGGAAAGAGAAGGAGGAGGAGGAGAAGCGGUAGAAGUGGAAGAGGGAGAAAAUGUUCGGACAGAGUCACCAGGAGAAGAUGCAGGUCCAGAAAAGGCCUCGGAGCCCUCUCUGCUGGCCUCGGAGGUCCAGGCUGUCCCAGAGGCACCCCCGGUCUCCUCUCCAGCACCUCCUCCAGUCCUGCCACCUGCCACGGAUGUCCCAGUGACACAGGGGGAGGUUGUGCCCACUGGCUCUCAGCAGACCACAGAGUCUGAAACUCCAGUCCCUGCAGCAGCGGAAACUGCGGAUCCCUUGUUUUACCCUAGUUGGUAUAAAGGCCAAACCCGGAAAACCACCAGCAACCCUCCUUGCACCCCAGGGAGUGAAGGUCGGGGGCAAAUAGGGCCUCCAGUUUCUGAGGAUUCGAAUGUGCAGAAGGCAGAAGUGGCAGAAGCCGCAGCCAAUGAGAGGGCAACAGUGAGUGGUAAGGAAACUAGUUCACCUGCAGCUACUUCUCAGGAGUUAGCCAUCUGCCUAGCACUUUUGGCUUUUCUUGUACUUCACUACAUCUGGAGUCAGAUUCAGUGCUUGAUUUUUACUUUAAUGGAUUGGAUCUGAGGCCCCUCCUCUCCAGGGACAGUCUGCAGCCUCGGGGAGUGGGAGUAGCACUGAAUCUGAGCCAGCUCGUCAUGUCUUCUCCUUUUCCUGGUUGAACUCCCUGAAUGAAUGAUGUUUAUUCCCACUGCUGCCCCUCUCUCUGCCUUCCUGAGAUGCACACAGGCAGUAGGGAACUUAGGUGAAAUCAAUGAAAUGGAGAUGAUGAAAGGGACCGCUGAACAGGACUUCUGCAACAACAACAAAAAAACACCACAAACUAAAAAUACCCUCUAAUUCCAUAUGACUUAUCUAACACACUGCUGGAAAAGAAUACUUUGAGAAAAUAGUUGCAGAAAGCACUUGAAAAAAGAAAUUUGAUUUUAUGUGAAUAUUUUAUUGUGUGGGAAACAUUACAAAGGGUGUGUAGGUGUGGUGUGUGUGGAUCAGUGACAAGUGGCAAGUGUUUGAAAAAGUGGGUACUACACUCUCAUGUCUAAUAGGCACUGGCUUUUUGUUAAAAUAUCAUAGUAGCUCUUAUUUCCUUUCCUCUUUAACAGUGCAGGUGGUCAGUGAAAUUCAGCAUUAAUUCAGAAGUGACUGAUUUAUCAAUACGUGGACAAAAGGUAAAUCAUUGACCAAAGCUAUGAAAUGUUUUGCAGACUUUUUUUCUCUUCCAUAGAAGAUGUCACCGGGUGUAUAUCCAGAAAUAUUUUUUGAAUUUGGUGACACUUUCAUAGUCUAGAAGGCUGAAAGCCUAGGACAUCUCUUGUGACAUUUUUCUAACCUUAGUUUUAGAUAUUUAUGUAUCAGACACUUUAAAUGACAAAGACCUUCCAGCAGGAACUGUCUCCUUUCUCACACAUCCACUGUGGCACCAAUCUAGUGAAUUGUAGAACUGCAUGUAUUUAAAUAUAUAUAUACAUAGCACACAUUAAUAUAUAUAAAUACAUAUAUAUUUAAAUCAUGCUUUAUUUGUUACACCAUAAUGCCUUCUUGAGAACAUAAAUGUAACUUUACUCUGUAUGGACUCUUAAAUAAAUGCUGUUUUUAAAAA